CCAUGCAUUGAUUCGCUAUCAUUCGCUCUAAAGACUUGUGCCAGCCUUCUGUGGUCAAGUAGUUUGCUGCUCUGCUUUGUUGUAAUACAAUUGUAGCUGAAAAUAAAUCUAUCUAAAAGGAUAACUCUCGAAAAGUAACGAGCUUUGAGUUUUCGAGUUAACACACAACGCGUGCAAGGAUUAAAUCGACGAAACCGAUCCCAAUCACAAAUCCCGUGCUGUGCAAGAGAAAGAGAGUUCUUCUGUGCUUCAGCUUUCAAAUUCUAGACGCAAGCAGUUCAGUUUAGGAGCGAAUCCUCUUCAGGCAAUUCAGCAGUGAAAGUGCGAAACAUUUCGAGUGCUUUAUUGCAAAUCAAAUAAUAUAACCAAAACCAAAAGCAAAUAGUAUACAAGUGUUAAACACUUUGCAUAAAUUUUUGUCACCUCAACAAACUAAAAACAAAAAAAACACAAAACAAAAUGAUGGCCGUUGCAGCUGCCCAAAAGAACCGCGAAAUGUUCGCCAUCAAGAAAUCCUACAGUAUUGAGAAUGGAUAUCCAUCGCGUCGUCGCAGCCUGGUUGAUGAUGCGCGCUUCGAGAGUCUCGUGGUCAAGCAGAACAAACAAACCGUGCUCGAGGAGGCGCGCAACAAGGCUAACGACGCCUCGUUGGAGAAUGACAUCAGCAGCCAAGCGAGCAUGAUGUCGAGCCAAGAAGUUGAGCUGCAGAGAGCAGCCCACUCUGGAGUCCAUUUGAAAUGCAAUUGGGAGUGGAGUGUGCGUGUUUUGUUUUGCUUUUAUUAA